UGAUGUUAAACGAUAGACAUACACUUUAGAAAUUGGAACAUUUAGUAAUUUACAUAGAGCUCUCGAAAAAUAAUACCUACACCCUAAACAUGAGUAUUUUCUUAUCAAACGAGCUUAACGCCUGUGAAGAGGGUCAAUGCGAAGAUGUGGACACCAAAGACUUGCGUUCAGCUAUCCAUGAAGAGAGCGUGUCCAUUCGUCAAGUAAUUAAGGCUGCUUUCCUGGUAAUUUUCUUUAAUAUGUGCCUAAUUGGCUUUGGGGUUAUCUAUUUUAUGUACUCCACUUCUUUGGAUCAAGAGCAACGCAGCCGGCUCAAUGAUAUAACAUGCAGCAUGAUUGGUGGCAUUCUCAUUGUGGUUUUAUAUUUCAUUGGGGACUUGUCGAAGAAUAAUCCUCACUUUUAUUACAUCUAAUUUGAUGU